UGGGUCAGAUUAACGUCAAAUGCAGAAGUGAACAUUCUGUUGUAAGGAAUGACACCAGAAGUACAGCAACUUAUACCUGAUUGCCAUCUUCACGCAAAAGAACAGUGUCCAAGCGCAGCAAGAACUGAGGACAGUUUAUCUAGCAGUGUCUAAGUAUCAACAGGUAACAAGAUGGCGCGCCCAUACACAGGUAGCCACCUGUCAACAACAUUCUUUGUUGGCGUAACAAUGGCAGCCUAUUUGAUCGCGCCGAUUCGAACCUGCCCAGUGAACUGCACCUGUACCCCGGACCCUUUCAUGGUUGUCAUUUGUAACGGUCAAGACUUUACUGAAAUUCCUGAAAAUAUACCCAAGAAUACAGUGACUCUAAGUCUUUCCUACAACAAAAUCACUAUUCUUGAUCUGCGUACGUUAUAUGGCCUGGAAUCAUUAGAACGAGUUGACUUCUCAUCGAAUAAAAUAAAAACGAUCCAUGGAUCGUUUGAAUCGUUAAAAAACCUUUACAUCAUCGACCUCUCCAAUAAUAACAUUGAAGUUAUUCCAUGGACAACGUUUGGAAACCUGUCACAAAUGAACCUCUUCAAACUGACCGGCAACCCAUUUAACUGCAAAUGUGACCAGGGGAAAGACCUGUGUGACUGCAGUGGGAAUAUUUUUCGCUGCACUUGUAACAUGCAGUGGUUACAGGUACAGGUACAGAAGUAUCCAACACUUAGUUGGGACGUAACGUGUGAGAAUCCAGCUAAAGUCCGUGGAAAGUCCAUAGAAGUGGUCACGUUUGUACCACAUGGAUGUGAAACUAAGUACCAAAGGAUAGUAGGUGGGACUGUGAGUGGUGGGGUAGCGCUGGUAGUACUUAUUGCUGUUGUAACAGUUGUAGUGUGCCGGAAGAAACGUUGUUUGGGCACAUGUCGUCAGGGUAGAAAGCAGGACGAACCGAACAGUAAUAUUGAAACUGAGCCACUGGCAAAUGGAGACUCUCUAUCAAGAAUGUCUGAAGUUGACGAGGAAGACGCCAGGAAUGGAGAGGGCGUGCAUAGUGGACCAGACCCCGUGGGGAGGGGAGAUCUUUUAGUUCUUCCGGAGAACGAUCCACGUGAACCUUACCAUGAAGAGAACGAGAAGCCGUUAGAAGUGCACCGCCCCGAAGAACCAGACUGGACACAACCAAAAGUCUAUACAGAUCAAGAGAACAUCGUCAACCCAGAACACCGUUCAGUCAGCGAGCGUCUACCACCAGAAAUAGCCGACAUGAUCGUCACUGAGCCACAGCUCAAUAAGCUUGCCAUGAACUUGGGGAAUGAGUGGGAAAACCUUGCAAUUGACCUAGGUCUCAAAAGGGCCGAAGUAGAGACAAUAAAAGAUGACAAUAUUGGAAAAGCCAACGUGCAGAAACUGAAAGUGUUUUUGGCGUGGAAAGCCAAACAAAAGGCUAAAGCAACGAUAUGGAAUUUGGUAAAGGCGUUAGAAGCAUUUGGUAAUGGUGAAAUCGACGAAGACAAGUAUGACUUCUUCCUCGAGUCAUCCAAAGCGACGCCCAAGAAACACGAAGAACCUUCAAACGAAAGUGAAAUCAGCGGACCAUGGAACUACAGCAACGAGGAGAGGUCGGCCCCCGCCAGAGGAGUGGUACAUCCCGACCGCACUGCAACGUUCCAGGUGAACGGAGUAAAGGUGCACUUCCCCGAGCGGUCGGUAGAGGGAGUACGGACUGUUUCAGUUGAGGUAGAGCACCCUGUUGUUCGGAAUCAGCGACAAAGGGACAUUCUACAAGACGGUGUGUGCGGUCCACUGAUCACUGUAGUGCAGUCCAGCGACGAAAGGUUCCAGACUCCAGUCACGGUAACAGUCGAUCUGCAGUACCCCGCUGGCUCCAAGCAGUCGGAACCAAACGAUGACCUAAGAUGGCAUCUCUUCCGGCAGACUGGUACAAAUGCGUGGGAAGAUGUGGCCGAAUUUAGUCCACAAGUCACAGAUACAUCCGUAGAGUACAAAACAUCUGAGUUUUCCAGACACUGGCUGGUCAAGCUGACUGAAGACGCAGUGCUGUCAUUCAUGCAGAGGAUGAACGACUUCAUUCAAGACUACUUCGACCCACUUGUCGUCCUCGUAAUGUAUCCAGGCCAAAAUGGUGCAGUAGUGUUGGACUGCCUCCACAAAGCCGACCCAAGCCUGAAGCACCUCGUGCUGAAGAGCGGCUACAACCAGAGGUGCGUCCUUAUGGAUCAGGCAGAGGAAGUCAAGGCAAGGCUGGAAGGGAACAUCACGUUCACAGGGGGUGACAGCAUGACGGAAGAAAUCACAUUUCAGCACCCUAAGACUGUCCGGGGUGAUCUCAAUCUCAACAAAAAGGAAGUCCUCCUCUGUCGAGACAACGCCGAUCCAAACCACCUUGGCUAUAUUGCAUAUAACAUCGCUCAACGCCAAGUAACGGAGAUGCCCAUUCACACCACAGAUGAGACGCAGGCAUUCCUUCGCCUCAUCGCUUCGGAAUUGAAGCUCAACCUCUUCCCACUUGAGGACGAAGCGGAAGAAACACAGCGGCUGAAGAACAUAAGUGAGUGGAAGGCGAAUUUCUCCAGCGAUCAGACUUAUAGUAUAACUGCUGAGGCUUACGAUAAGAUCUAUCGCCGUAAAAUGGCAGUGUGUAUAUAGAAUGGCCGAAUAAUGGACGUGGGACUGGGUUUCUGAUAGGCAGGAAGGAAAUUCUGACAUGUGACCAUGUAUAUCAGGAAAUGUCACAUCAAACUAGAACAAUCAGAGAUAGCAGCCGGUACAAAGCUAUUUUCGAUCUGCAUGAUGAUAGUGACCAUACGUAUUACUUCUCAAACAUACAACCUCUCUGCAGGGACGCAGCGUCUGGAUUAGAUUACGCUAUUCUUGAGUUUACAGUCUGCGUAUGACCGAAAGAAAUGGACAAUUAAAAAAGUAUCACGUCAAGAUUGUUGUCUUUUCAGUCAUUCUUAUGUAUUUUGCAUGAUAUUCCAAUUAUAAAGUCAA